AUGGCUCUGGUUAUGGAACCUAUAAGUAAAUGGACACCAAAGCAAGUGCUGGACUGGAUGAAAGGUCUGGAUGACUGUCUCCAGCAGUACGUGAAGAGUUUCGAGCGGGAGCAGAUGGGGGGAGAGCAGCUGCUGCACAUCACCCAUCAGGAGCUGGAGGAGCUGGGUGUCACCAGAAUAGGACAUCAGGAGCUCAUCCUGGAAGCUGUCGACCUCCUCUGUGCCCUGAACUACGGCCUAGAGACGGAGAACCUCCGGACUCUGUCUCACAAGCUGAACGCUUCAGCGAAGAACCUCCAGAACUUCAUCCUGGGCCGACGUAGGGGCGGACACUACGAUGGACGGGCCUCCCGGAGGCUACCCAACGAUUUCCUUACCUCGGUGGUGGAUUUGAUUGGUGCAGCCAAGAACCUGCUAGCCUGGCUCGACAGGUCCCCGUUUGCCAGUGUGACAGAGUAUUCAUUACUGAAGAACAACAUUGUGCAGCUCUGCCUAGAAUUGACCACCAUCGUGCAACAGGAUUGCACUGUGUAUGAGACAGAGAAUAAGAUUCUCCACGUGUGUAAGACCUUAGCGGGGAUAUGCGACCACAUCAUCUCUCUGUCGUCAGACUCCCUCGUCUGCCAGUCCGCCCAUCUGGAGGUGGUCCACCUCACCAGCAUCAUGCCCAGUGAAGGGCUGGGGAUGUAUAUCAAAUCGACGUAUGAUGGACUCCACGUUAUCACCGGAACCACAGAGAAUUCUCCAGCAGACCAGUGUAAGAAGAUCCAUGCAGGGGACGAGGUGAUCCAAGUCAACCACCAGACAGUGGUGGGCUGGCAGCUGAAGAACCUGGUCAACGCUCUGAGAGAGGACCCAUGCGGAGUCAUCCUCACGCUGAAGAAAAGGCCACAGAACACCCUGAGCUCCACGCCGGCUCUGCUCAGGAACGUGCGCUGGAAACCACUGGGCCUGCAGCCGAUCCCCACCAGCCCCACCAGCACCUCUCCGACACCCGGUGGAACUUUGGGCAUGUCCAAAAUGGACGCUCCCAGCAUGCAGGACGUCUACAUCCUCUCCCCUGUCUCUGGACUCUACAACACCAGGGAGGAGCUGGGUCUGAUGUCCUGCGACGACAUCAGCCGCUACAGCGUGAGCUCCCAGUCCGGCUCCAAAGGCUCAGAGGCGGUCAGCUACUACCUGGACCAGGACAGCGGUCAGUACUUCUCUCUACUGGAGGGAGAUGGACCCCCGGGGUCUGACUACGACAGGAGCCGCAACACGGGGGUUCGCCGGCGGGACAAGACCCCCACCCACGGUGACCUCAGGCCUGUUUCCAUGCCUCCCGAAUAUAACUGGAUGGCCGAGGCCAAGGAACCCAGCAUGGGCAAGAGAGGGAGCCGAGAUUCAGACAACUCCCUGUUGCGUUACCUUAGCGACGACAAGAUCCUGGUGAUCGAGGAGGAGCCCGAGGGUCCGGGCAGAGAGAGCCGGCGGGAUUCCACCAGACGCUCCCGGCGUAAGAGCCGCAAUCCCAGCAGCCCUAGCUUUCCCAUCAGCCCCUCCAUGCUGUCCUCCACCCUGCGCCUAGACCAGCCACCCGAUGCUUUGCCUCGAGGUGCGGACACACUGCGAGCAGACACAACAGACAGGUACUCCGGCUCAGGAAGCUCAGGAGCUGCAUCCAUGAGGAAGUCUUUCCAUUACACCUCUCUAAGAACGAAAACCAAAAGGAGAAGUAAAGGUUCCCUCACUAGUGCCAGUCGAAGAAGAAUUUCCUGUAAGGACCUGGGCCAUGGUGACUGUGAGGGCUGGCUGUGGAAGAAGAAGGAUGCUAAAGGCUACUUCACCCAGAAAUGGAGGAAGUACUGGUUUAUCCUCAAAGAGUCCUGCCUCUACUGGUACACCAACCAAAACGAUGAGAAGGCUGAGGGCUUCAUCAGCCUCCCCGAGUUCAGAAUAGACCGAGCCAUAGAGUGCAGACGGAAAUUCGCCUUCAAAGCCUGUCAUCCCAAAAUCAAGAGCUUCUUCUUCGCCACAGAUUGUCUUGAGGAAAUGAACAGGUGGAUGAACCGCCUCGGGUUAGCUGCUAUUGGCUACACACCAGAUGACAAGGUGCCUCGCCAUGACGAAGACUACUGGAGCGAAAGCGAUCAAGACGAGGUCGAUGGCUCGAUGACGCUCAAACAGGAGGGACAGUCAUCCCUCUGUGAUACUUAUCACCGCACGCCAUCAGUUAAUUCCUCGAGCCCCUUCCCGGAGCCCAAGCACGGCCGACACUUCUCCAGCGAGUCCACGCACUCCCACUCCUCGGCCGAGGACCAGCGUGGAGAAGGCAUGGGCAUGGGCACGGGCACAGGCAGCACCAGCACCCACUCGUCCGGCUGCCGCUCUUCCCAUCGUGAGCGGCGCUCCUGGCAGGACCUCAUCGAGACCCCUCUGACCAGCGCAGGGCUGCACUUCCUCCAGACGGCGCCGGGGGAGAGUGAUUACGGGGGCCUGAUGGGGAGCAUGGCCGGAGACAUGGGGAUGUACGGAGGGCUGGGCAGACAGGGCAUGUCCCCCGAGAGACGCAGGCAGGCUACGCUGCCCGUACGGAGACACCACGCCGCAGAGAGGGACAGGGAGCGGGACGGGCCCUUCCCUCUGGAGCGAGGGCCGCACACGCACAGCCACACACACCGACGCUCUCACAAGCAGCGCAGCCAGAGUCUGCCCAGGAACAGGGACCCCAUGCCAGGAAAGCUUAUACACACCUCAGCUCAUAUGGAGGAGAGGAGCGAGGACGAAGAGGCGGAGGGACAAGCUGCAGAUAUACUAGAGGGUGAGGAGGUGAACUUGACUCUCACCGGCCCUCUGCUGGGAGUCUCAGACCUGAGGGAGUUGAGAGUUGAGAGCAGAGAGAGGAGGGUGUCGGAGGGAAGGGAGCGGCGGGUGUCAGAGGGCCGUGAGCCGGAGCCGUUGGACGGUCUAGAGCAGCUGUACCGGACCCUGGAGCAAGCCAACGUGACGGCCCUCGGAGACCCAAGACCCUGUAGCAGGCAGGAGUUUCGACGGUGCUUCACACAGAGAGCCAGGGACCCUCUGCUCAACGACAGGCUGCACCGGGUCCGAGCCCUCCGCAGCACCUUGAAGGCCAAAGAGUCCGAGCUGGCGGUCAUCUGUGCCCUCCUGGAGGACCCGGGCCUGUGCUCCGAGACCUUCAGAGAGUGGAAGCAGUGGCACAGCGAGAUCUACUCAGACAUCUGCCAGCUCAGUCCCGGCACCAACGGCCAGGACGACCUCUCCCCGCUGGCCGUGCCGCUCAUGACCCACACACACUCCUUCAUCGAGACACACGUGUGA